CCCGAUCCCUCACUAUUGCAUUUCUGUUAUGGAGGCUGAGCGAUCCAUCCCUCUGGUCUCCCCAAGGCGCGGCCACGCAUGCAUCCAUACAAUACAUUGGGUGGCCCCUCGACCGGCAACUGGCCCCGAAACGGAGCUCACCAAAUAAGAUGAAGAUCUUGUUUACACUUUGAGGAAGCUGCUGGAAUUUCCCCGAGUGAGUGGCGUGUGAAAGACACUUUGGGUGAGAAGGGGGUGGUGAUAUUCCAGGAAAAUGGCAAUAAUUCAUCUACCAGGGUUCAUCUUACUGUACAUGGUCUAUGCGGCUGUGCCUCAAGAACUGACUCCUCGUGGGCCCCGGCCAUUUCCAUUGCCAGGAGACACUGCAGAUAAAAUUCUAAAACCAGAAGGUUGUGACAGUAGGAUAAUCAACUGUCCCAUCAAGCUGUUCUUCACCAUCGACACCUCCGAGACCAUUGCCCUGCAGGAGUCCCCGCCUGGUAUACUGGUGGAAAACAUCAAAGAGUUCAUGCGGAAUUUUGUCCAGAGGCUGCGGGAUGAAGAGUACCAGGGUCAGGUCCACAUCAGUUGGUCCAUCGGAGGCCUGCACUUCUCCCAGACGCAGGUGGUCUUCAGCCAGUUUGCCACAAGAGAGAGCUUCGUCAGGAGCCUCAGUGGCAUUCGAUACCUGGGCAAAGGCACCCACAUCGACUGUGCCCUUCAAAAUAUGACCUAUCACAUGACUCAGGACUAUUGGGGAAUAAAAGCCGCACUCUUCUCUGUGGUCAUCACUGACGGCCACGUGACAGGAAGUCCUUGCGGUGGGAUCAAGGUGACGGCAGAGAAGGCUCGCGAGCAGGGGAUUCGCGUUUUCUCAGUGGCGGCGUCCAGGUCCAUCGAUGAGACUGGAAUGAAGGAGAUUGCCAGCUCGCCUGCAGAAGUUUACCGCAACGACUAUUUAGCCGUGGAGAUCGUCGACGGCAGACCGAAAAUAAAGACAGAAUCUAUUGAUCGUAUUAUAAAAGCCAUGAAAUACCAAGCCUAUGAAGAGUGCUACCAACAAGAAUGCAUCAAAGCCCCUGGGAAACCUGGACCACGAGGGCCUCAAGGACCGAAAGGUCUAAAAGGAAACAGAGGUCAUCCUGGGGUAAAAGGCACAACAGGAAGACAGGGCGAUCCUGGCAUCGAGGGUCCGAUUGGACGUCCUGGACCAAAGGGAGUGGUCGGAUGGAAAGGUGACAAGGGUGAAAUAGGAGGAAGCGGAGCAAAGGGGUUGUUUGGCAUACCGGGCAGGAACGGAACUGAUGGACAGAAGGGUAAGAUUGGCCAUAUUGGAGCUCCUGGUUGCAAAGGGGAACCAGGCGACAAAGGAAAAGAUGGCUACCCGGGAGAAGUCGGGGAUACUGGGCCACCGGGCGGCAAAGGAGAAAAGGGCGACCUUGGCCUACCCGGGAAGUCAGGCCUUGCAGGCCCUGGAGGUGAACGAGGAUCAAAGGGUGAAAGAGGAAAUCCAGGGAAUCCAGGACCCCCAGGAGAAAGGGGACUACCGGGACUGAGUGGCUCAAGUGGACCAAAGGGCGAAGUGGGAGCGCCAGGAGAACAAGGACCGAAGGGAGCUCAAGGACUUCCUGGGAAAAAAGGAGAGAAGGGAGAACGAGCAGUUCAGGGAGGCCGAGGACGACCGGGGGAGGAAGGAUUCAAGGGUGCAAAGGGGGACCGUGGACUGCCAGGACCGAGGGGUCAACAAGGAGAACCAGGGAGUCCCGGAGCAAAUGGCACCAUGGGAAAUCCUGGGGAUCCUGGACCGAGAGGAGACCCAGGCAGCCAAGGACCAACGGGUGAUAAAGGAAGACCAGGAUUCAACUACCCUGGACCGAGAGGACCAUCUGGUGACAGAGGUAGCCCAGGGAGAAAAGGAACCAGGGGGAGUCGAGGCGAAUGCGGUGCAAAAGGAGACCCAGGGGAUCCAGGUCCACGUGGCGAGUCGGGGGAGCCAGGUCAGGCAGGGGAGCACGGAGCCAGAGGACCAACAGGAGACCCGGGGCCCGAGGGUGGCCAUGGACCAGAGGGUGAUCCUGCACUCACUGAUUGCGACGUCAUGACAUACAUCAGGGAGACUUGUGGUUGUUGUGACUGUGAGAGGCGCUGCGGUGCUCUGGACAUCGUAUUUGUGAUAGACAGCUCGGAGAGUGUCGGUCUGACCAACUUCACCUUGGAAAAGAACUUUGUAAUUAACACCAUUAAUCGUCUGGGAUCAAUGGCCAGUGACCCCUCGUCUCCGACUGGCACGAGAGUCGGAGUCGUGCAGUUCAGUCACAACGGGACCUUCGAGGCCGUUCGUCUGGACGAUCCCAACAUCAACUCCAUGUCUGCUUUUAAAACGGCCGUGAAGAAUCUACAGUGGAUCGCCGGGGGCACCUUCACGCCCUCGGCUCUCAAGUUCGCCUACGAUCAUCUCAUCAGGGACGGCAAGCGAGCCCGAGCCAAAGUGUCCGUGGUUGUGAUCACAGACGGACGCUUCGACCCGCGCGACGAUGAAGAUCUACUCAAGUACCUCUGCCAGGACAGUAGCGUUGUAGUGAACGCAAUCGGUGUAGGAGACAUGUUUAGAAAGUCCCAAGAUGACGAGAUUCUGGGGUCUAUAGCUUGUGACAGAAAGGAGCGAGUCACUGGGAUGAAGAAUUUUGUUGAUUUGGUGGCUGAAGACUUUAUAGACAAAAUGGAGACUGUGCUGUGUCCUGAUCCAGUUGUUGUGUGCCCCGAUCUCCCCUGCAAGAGUGAGCCUGAUGUGGCGCCCUGUGCCCAGCGGCCAGUGGAUUUAGUAUUCCUGCUUGAUGGGUCCGAGCGCCUCGGGGCACAGAACUUCCGUCACGUUCGUGAGUUCUUGCAAAAGUUGCAGGACAGACUGGUACUGGCCCGGAGCAGGACAGAUCGCCUGCGAGCUCGCUUGGCUUUGAUGCUAUACGGUAAGCAGGGCAAGAACUUUGUGGCGUUCCCUCUCACGCACGACCCCGGUCUCAUCGCCGACGGUUUAGCGCCUCUAAGUUACCUGGACUCCGCAUCGAGCGUGGGGCCGGCUAUCACACACGCCAUCGGCAGAAUACUCGGCAAGGGAACGACUCGCCAGACCAGACGCCACGCGGAGAUCGCGUUCGUUUUCAUCACAGACGGCUUCACCGACAGGAAGAACCUGGAUGAGGCGGUCAGCGCCAUGCGUAAGGCACAGGUGGUCCCCACGGUAAUCGCUGCGGGAAUGGAUGUGGAUCAAGAAGUCUUGAUGAAGCUGGCCAUGGGGGAUGAGAACGCCAUAUUCAGAGGAAAUGACUGGUCGGAGUGGCGGUCGGGCUUGUUUGACCAUUUCCUCCGGUGGGUUUGUUAAAAGAAACCACAUUGGAGACAUGAAUCUCGUACUGGUGCAACUGAUCUUAAAGGCCUACUGAAAUGAGAUGUUCUUAUUUAAACGGGGAUAGCAGGUCCAUUCUAUGAGUCAUACUUGAUCAUUUCACGAUAUUGCCAUAUUUUUGCUGAAAGUAUUUAGUAGAGAACAUCGACGAUAAAGUUCGCAACUUUUGGUCGCUAAUAAAAAAGCCUUGCCUGUACCGGAAGUCACUGGUUGUAGGGCUCCUCACAUCCUCAUAUAAAUGUGAGCCACUAGCAGUAAAAGCAAUUCGGACAGAGAAAGCGACAAUUCCCCCAUUAAUUUGAGCGAGAAUGAAAGAUUCGUGGAUGAGGAUAUUGAUAGUGAAGGACUAGAAAAAAUGAAUAAAUAAAUAAAAAGUUUAAAAAUCAAACAAACAGGCGAGGGCAAGUGAGAGCGAUUCAGAUGUUUUUAGACACAUUUACUAGGAUAAUUCUGGAAAAUCCCUUAUCUGCUAUAGUGUUGCUAGUGUUUUAGUGAGAUUAAAUAGUACCUGAAGUCGGAGGGGUGUGGCCACGGGUGUCUUGAUGCCAGAGUCUCUGAAGGAAGUCACGGCAGCUGAAUGGACAGCGCAAGCUCUGCUGAUCUUCGGUAAGAGGCGACUUUAUACCACAAUUUUCUCACCGAAAACUGCCGGUAGACAUGUAGUCGGGAUCCAUGUUUGCUUGACCGCUCUGGUCCAUAGUAAAGCUUCACCUCCGGGAAUUUUAAACAAGGAAACACCAGCUGUGUUUGUGUGGCUAAAGGCUAAAGCUUCCCACCUCCAUCUUUCUACUUUGACUUCUCCAUUGUUAAUUAAACAAAAUUGCAAAAGAUUCAGCAACACAGAUGUCCAGAAUACUGUGUAAUUAUGCGAUUAAAGCAGACUACUAAUAGCUUGGAUCGGGCUGGAAAAUAAUGUCCGCUACAUCCCGAGACGUCAAACGCGAGCUUCAUCAUACCGCAACGUUUUCAACACAACACUUCGCGGGACAUUUAAAAUUGCAAUUUAGUAAACUAAAAAGGCCGUAUUGGCAUGUGUUGCAAUGUUAAUAUUUCAUCAUUGAUAUAUAAACUAUCAGACUGCGUGGUCACUAGUAGUGGCUUUCAGUAGGUCUUUAAUGGCAUUUACAAUUCCUCCAUGCACUGUACAAUCUGACACUACAGUAUAUUCAUCCUAAGUGCUUCUUACACAAUACAUCUGUUUUCAGGUAAUAAACAGACACUGUGCUUCA